GUUUGUGUUACCUUCGCCAAAACGGAAUCGAAAGAAUUUUGUCUACGCGAGUAUCAUUUGCCUGAUCAAAAUGAUGGAUUUGAAAGGAUCGCCAGCGAACCACACCAUUACCCUUAUGGACCAGAUCAUCACGUUCGAACUUUCCCCAUACGAGUGGUCCCAAAAUCUGCUGUGCAUUGCGCUGCACAAUAAACUUGUGCUUGGAUCAGUUCGCUUUCCGGAAGAAAGCGAAAACGAGGGUUUCAGAUGGCAACAGCUGAAAGAUAUUUAUCACGAAUGCCUCCCUCGGUGCGUUGCGUUUGCACCGGAGACAUCGCUGGUCGUGAUACCGAAGGUGGUAAUACUAGCAACUGCUAGUUCGGAUAACAAGAUUCGUAUUUUUAAAACGGAUUUGGACGACGACAAGAAAAACGACACCGUCCAGAUCUUAAAAGGACACCGCUCGCACGUGAACCAUGUUAGCUGGGAUCCUGAUGGUGAAUUUUUGGCAUCUUGUAGUGAUGAUAAAUCUUGCAUACUGUGGGAGUGCGCUGAAGGCUACAAACGGGGGCCUACGUUUGUAUUCGACGCAGCCGUGAUGGUAUCGAAAUGGCACCCGGAAGAGCCAGGACACUUGUUGAUUGCGGUAAAGUCAGGGGCUCUCCAUAUCUACAAUGUGCGUGCGAAAACAUCAAUUUUGGUUGUGGAAACGGACACCAACCCACUUACGUGCAUGGACUGGAGCUUGAACAAUUCUAGCUACGUUGCAGCAAUGGCUAGUGGCAUCAUUUAUCUCUGGGAUCUACAAAAUUCAAACUGGCCAAUGGAUACCAAUGCUAUGCACAAUGAAUGUGGACAUGUGGUGAAAUUUUCACCCCGUUCAGAUCAUAUAGUCGCCUCAAUCGGAAGGCCAAACGCAACGCUGAAGGUAAUGCAUUUGAAAAACAAGCUACCGCAGAUUGAAUCGAAAUUGGCUACCUACGGUGGAUUGUGCUGGCAUUAUCAGUUGCCAUAUGUUGUUGCAGCAUCCGAUAAAAAGUUGAAUUUUUGGAAAAUCUCAUUCUAAAAACUACUGUUCUAAUAAAUUCCCUUAUUUCUUUCAAAAA